AACAGCGCAACCUCGGGAGCCCAGGCGCUUUGCUCGCCAACAGGAAGUGGAGAGUUCCCCAAUAUGGAUGUGACAGCCGUCCCCAUUAAGCUGUGAUGGUCGUUUCGGGACCUAAUAAUCGAGCUGGGGGUGAGGAGGAGGAAAUGUGCGGUGAUGAGUCUGCGGGAUUGAUCUGUGUUGAUAAAGCCCAGGGUACCCCCCCAUAUAAAAUAGUCUCCCUGUCAUGGGAGCCCCCACUUCCUCUGAACCAGUUCAGGCCUGUCCACGAGACUCAUCCUGGGACUGAGAAAUAUUUCCCCGGCAUCUGCCCUUUUGGAAGAGAGCAGAAUAUGAUGAAGUCACAGGGGUUAGUAUCAUUCAAGGAUGUGGCUGUGGAUUUCACCCAGGACGAGUGGCAGCAACUGGACCCUGCUCAGAGGACCCUGUACAGGGAUGUGAUGCUGGAAAACUACAGCCACCUGGUCUCAAUGGGGUAUCCAGUUUCCAAACCGGAUGUCAUCUCCAAGUUGGAACAAGGAGAAGAUCCAUGGAUCAUAAAGAGAGACAUAUCAAAUUGGAUCUAUCCAGAUGAAAAUCAGGCAGAUGGGAGACAAGGGAAGAGUAAUCUUCACAACUCCCAGUCAUAUAUUUUGGGUGCUGUUUCCUUCCAUAAUAAGAUACUGAAAGGAGUCACAAAGGACAGUUCAUUUUACUCGAUUUUGAAAGUCUGUCAAGGUGAUGGCCAGCUUCAGAAAUAUAAGGAAAAUCAAGACAAACUUUUCAGGCAAGUCACAUUUGUCAGCAGCAAAACAGUAACUGAGGCAUCAGGCCAUAAGUAUAACGCAUUGGGAAAAACAGAGCCAGAUACAUCAAGACAAAGGCUCCAUAAAUAUGAUGCUUUUAAAAGGAACUUAAAACCGAAUAUUGACCUGCCUAGUUAUAAUAAGAGCAAUUCAAGAAAAAACCUUGAUCAGAGUUUUGGAUGUGAAAAAUCAUCUAGCCACAGUGAAUCCAAUUCUGAUCUUCAAAAGAUUCACAAUGGAUUAAUACCCUGUGAUGAUUAUCAGUGUGGAAACAUUUUUAGCAAUAAACAAUCCCUUAUUCAAUAUCAGAAUGUUGAAACUAGGGAGAAAACCUGUGUGUGUAUUACAUGUGGAAAAGCCUUUGCUAAGAAAUCACAGCUCAUUGUACAUCAAAGAAUUCAUACUGGAAAGAAACCAUAUGAUUGUGGUGCGUGUGGAAAAGCCUUCAGUGAGAAGUUUCAUCUCGUUGUACAUCAGAGAACUCAUACCGGGGAGAAACCUUAUGAUUGUUCCGAAUGUGGAAAAGCCUUCUCUCAGAAAUCAUCCCUCAUUAUACAUCAGAGAGUUCACACUGGGGAAAAACCAUAUGAAUGUAGCGAAUGUGGGAAAGCCUUCUCUCAGAAAUCACCCCUCAUUAUACAUCAGAGAAUACAUACUGGGGAAAAACCCUAUGAAUGUAGAGAGUGUGGGAAGGCCUUCUCUCAGAAGUCACAACUUAUUAUACAUCAUAGAGCUCAUACUGGAGAGAAGCCAUAUGAGUGUACUGAAUGUGGGAAAGCCUUCUGUGAGAAGUCCCACCUCAUUAUACAUAAAAGAAUUCACACUGGUGAGAAACCCUACAAAUGUGCUCAGUGUGAAGAAGCCUUCAGCAGGAAGACAGAACUCAUUACACAUCAGUUAAUUCAUACUGGGGAAAAGCCCUAUGAAUGUACUGAAUGUGGGAAGACGUUCUCCCGGAAGUCACAGCUCAUCAUACAUCAGAGAACACACACUGGAGAGAAACCCUAUAAAUGCAAUGAAUGUGGAAAAGCCUUCUGUCAGAAAUCACAUCUCAUUGGACAUCAGAGAAUUCACACAGGAGAAAAACCUUAUAUAUGUACUGAAUGUGGGAAAGCCUUCUCUCAGAAGUCCCACCUCCCAGGACAUCAGCGAAUUCAUACAGGAGAGAAACCUUAUAUAUGUCUUGAAUGUGGAAAGGCCUUUUCCCAGAAGUCAGACCUUGUUUUACAUCAGAGAAUUCAUACUGGGGAAAGACCCUAUCAAUGUGCUGUAUGUGGGAAAGCCUUCAUCCAGAAGUCACAACUCACUGUACACCAGAGAAUUCAUGCAGUGGUAAAAGUGUAAUGAACUGGCCACAGAAAAUCCUUCAGUAUUAGCUCAAGCCUUAAUAAUUACUAGAAACCUAAUUAAUUUGAUAAACUUGGGGACAACUGCUCUAUAGAUCAAAUUUAGCAAGGGAUUUUAUGUUUUUGGUGUGGUACUGCCUAACUUUUUCAGAAAAGAUGAUGGAAAAUAAUUAUAUAAGUGAAAGACAUUUUAACAUGGCAUGUAAAGCUUUUAAAGUUAUGAAUUGAAUGAUCAGUAGAACAAGUUAUGUAUACAGAAUAUUGUCAUGUUACAUAUUCCUUAUUAUACCACAUAACGAUAAUCAGAUGUGAAGUUACUGAUAUUAGCUGGGCAUAAUUAUGGACAUAAAGUAAUGUUCUAUAAAAGACAUGCAAGAAAGCUGGAGUAAAAAACAUAAUAAAACAUCAAUUCCUAGAAAUUGUAAUUUAAGAAGAGGCUUGAGCAUGACUCCUAAAGCUACAUGUAAAAUUCUUGUACAAAGAUGGAAAGAGGGAUUGAUCAGAUUCAAUAAAUUUGAUGUAUAUACAUUUUCCCAUCUCAAGCAUAUAAGUUGACCUCCAUCUCUGAAAGAACCCCAGAACUUGACAUUCAUAUGUUUUGACCAGGUCUGCCUUUAUUUUCCCCGACUGGGAACUUGUGGUAGAAAGACUUUGGUAGUGAAGACAGAUAGUCUAGAGUUUUAAUCCUGGUUCAACAAUUCACAGAUUAUGUGAUGUCAGGCAAGCCUACUUAAAUCAUCUGAAUAUUUUUUCUUAUCAGAAAUAAAAGUACAAUGUAAAGCACGUGUUCUAUGUUAAGAUAACAUUAAUUCUUUUUUAUCUUUCCUCUAUCCUCUCAUAAAUGGACGCUAAGACUAAUGUGUAAAAGCCACAUCUGAACUUGCUUUGCCCUCUGGACACUCUGCUUUUGAUUACUCACUUCUCUGGCCCAUUUUACUAUCUCUGACCCAGGUGGUCUUAUUUUUGCUAUGUUAAAAUGACUUUUUUUAGUACUUUCAAUUUGUUUACAUACACUUAUACAAACUGUGGUGAUUGCACAUAAA